AUUUCAAGAAGCUAUAUGCGCCGGUUCCAGCCGCACCCAUCUUUAUUUAUAUCCGUGCAGUUGAACAGAUAUAAAUAGGACGAGUCACUUGGUUUUGUUAUCAGAAGACUGCUAUUGAAUCCAGUUGAAGAAGAAAGCAAGAAGAUAUAUUGAAAAACCAUCCGCAAAAGGCCAAGAUGAUGCUCAAGGUAGGCUAUAAGCGUUUUGUACAUAUAUAUUACACUAUCGAUCUUUUUAAGUAAGUAAGUCAGGUAAGUUUUAUAAGUAAAUUGUUUGACCAAAUCUUUUUUACUUCAUAUUUCGUUCAAUUUCAUUUUUAUGCCGUUUAAUAUUGUCAUCAGUGUUGCCUGCGCACAAUGUUUAACAAAGAUUCCCGGUUCUGUUUCAUCGUUGUUUAAUGAUUUUCUUUGUCCAAAUUAUUGUAAUGAACGUUUUGGACACAAUUAUGCGCAAUUUGUCCGUCUAAAUGGCUUAAACACAAAAUUAACCAUUUAUGGCAUAUGUAGGAGAUAACAAAUUAAAUUGGAUUUAAAUAGUUCUAAACUUGGUACAAACAGGUUUUUUAAGCUUAAACAUUUUUCAAGCUUGUUUUGAAAAAGUGUAAAUGUUUUACUGUAAACGUUUAAAUAUCACUGAAAAACAUCCAAUGCAAGCUACAUUAGAAUAGUAUAGAACAAAAUAAUAUUUAAUAAUUCUUGCAGGAAUUAAAAUGCAAAUUUACUGUUGCAUUUGCAUACAUAUCUAUUUUUAUCGUACAUGCAUGUAACAUGAUGUUAUCCAGCUGAUGUCGUUUGAUUAUUUAUUCUGAUGAAGGUUUUUUUGUCUGCAAGCGAUUGUCGUGUAUAAAAACCUUGAAAAGUUUCAAUAUUAUAUAAUAUGACUAAUAAGUAAUACGAGAAAAAGGCAUUUUCUGCUAUGGUAGGCUAUAUAUAGUGUUUUAUUCCUUUUGAAAUUAACGUUUAGAGUAUAAGCGAGCUGCAAGCAUCCUCAGGAAGUUAAAACAGUUGAUUUUGUCAAAUAUAAGGAAGCUUUUAACUGUAUAAAAUACUACUAAAAUCUAAGUGCACAAGGAAACAGGAAGAUGACGUAAUCAAUUAAGACGAGAAGAGGUACAAAUAUUAAGAAAAACUCGUUAUGUAUUAAUAAAUUUAUAAUUUUGUAAAAAUUACGACAAUAAAAAUGCUAUAGAAUGUGAGAAAAAUCUAUGAAUUUCUGACUAUGAGGUCUUGCUUUAUCCUUUGUCUACAAUUCCCACACAAGGAAGUAAGAAACCACUUCCUAAAGAAACAAAUUAAUAUUUGUCAGCUUUGCUUCUGAACGUAUUUAUAUACCAUCACGUUAUUCUGUUCCCCUUGUUUCUAAAUUAAAAUUUAAAUAUACAAUCGUUUACCCCAAAGUUUCGAUUGUCCAAUAUUGGUAAACAACAGGCAUUUAAACAACAUAGGUUAACAUGCAUGCACUUUGGGAAAAUGUAGAGCUUUUGUUUUUUCUGUUCCGUAUUUCAUUUCGUUUAAUUUGAGGAUUCAAUGAACAAUAAUAUACUUGUAAGAUACUAAAAUAAGCAAGCGGGAAGUUUUGUCAAUCAAAAAUGGUAUAAUAAAUUGUUUUUUUUAUUUAGGUACUUGUACUUGUUGUUGCAUAUUCCAUCUUUGCAGAUGCACGAAGACUCGACAGAUUUCUUUGGGACGAUGACAGGUAGUAUUUUAUAAUUAAAUAUGAGUAAAUAUGCAAAAAUCAAAAUGAAACAUCAAAUAAAAGAAAAGGACAAAAGGAAAUCUUUAAUCAAUAAGCACAGCAUGUAGUACUAAACGUCAAAAUGUACAAAUCUCGUGUUUUUUAUCCGCAAGUUUAACAAAUGGCACUUUUUUCCCAGUUGUCCCAAUAGGCAACACCAAUUAGAAACUCGCGAAUUUGCUUGAUACACACGACAUAAUAGCUUGAAUUCAAGGCAAACAAUGUAAUCCAUUUUAAAAUAAGUUGUCUUCAUUGCCAGCCAGCAAAUUCGGAAAGUGUCUAUACCUUAUUUUCAAUUCAUGAAUUAGUACUACAGGCACAGCCUCAUGCAGACAUAGGAAAAUACUAGAAAUGUAUUGAUCGGCGCCUUCCUACCUUAUACACUUGUUGCUCUCCUUCAGCUAUUAUCUACUUGGAUAAUUCAUAAUCUGCGUAUUAAGAAGGUCACACUUCCCUUUUUCCCAUGUUUCCAGGAGCUGCAUUGGCUUGCAUUCGCAUGGGUUCGCCCAAACAUUGAACAAGAAAGUUAAAACUGAGUACAAAAAUCAACAAAUAAAAUAAUAUUUCACAUCAACCACAAUAUCAAAUAUACGUAUAGUUCAUAAAAAAGCAUAAGGAUUUUCUUUGUUUUUAUCAAAAUGAUUAUGAUAAAAAUGAUACGAUCAGUCGAUUACUGGGGCUCUUUUUGUUCGUAUUUGUUUUAUUACCUACGUCUUACCACCUCUCCAUGCAUGCACGCUUCUCGUAAGACUUUCUCUUCCAAGGAACACGAAUGUAAUAUAUAUCAUUCGUUUUUCACAACAACAUUAAUAUUCUACUCUAACUAGAAAUACAUGUAUGCAGAAGCCCCUCGCCUUGCUGGCAGUAGUUGAAGUAGUUGUCAUGAUUACAUGCACGAUCAGUAAUUUUAUUAGGAAUAUUUUUAAAAUUGAAAAAAAACCUAAAACUCAUCCUCAUGAUCAAGCUCAUAAAGCCAAAAAAUAUGUGGUAUAUUUGUCUCUUUUAUGUAGUCGAUCUCAUGGCUUGCAUUGGAAAAGUUUUGAAAGCUCGAUCGCGCGUGAAAAUCCUCACGCAAAAACCUCUGUCACGACAAUUCUUUUCGGGUUUUUGUCACAUUUUUGUCAUUUCAGACCAAAAAAUUUUAUACAUUGAUAUUUUUAUAGAAGAAUGAAACAAGAUGUAGGGUAUAGAACAAUAUUUUGAGAAUCAGAAACUGUAACGGAAAAGUUCGUAACUGGGGUUACUAUGGCAACAAUGCAUGACGUUUCAAAAUGGCUGCUAAUUUACAUUUGAACUAGUUUACUGAUUCGUAAACAACGUGGGUGAGCCCCAAUUUUUAUUUUGUUAAAAGUUUUUUCUAAUAUAAGCAAUCACUAGGCCAAUUUCUAAAAAAUUCGGUAGAUCCAAAAAAAUUUUGUCAGGAAUAAACACGUUUUUUCGUUUUGAAAAAUUUUGGAUCAACAGAAUUUUUUAAAAAUUGGCCUAAUGAUUGCUCAUACUAGAAAAAAACUUUUAAUAAAAUAAAAAAUGGGGGUCACCGACGUUGUUUUCGAAUUAAACUAGUUACUGUGCAUGCUUGUAUACGCCAAUAAACUAAAUACUUCAACUGUUAUUUAUUUUAGUGAUGAUACUACAAAACGAUCAUAUCAACAACAAGUGUGCAAAGAUGUAAUAGUGGAAGAACGGGUCAGCACGAGCACUUUAAUCAACAAUGAUCAACUUAGUUAUCCUCAUCUUUUUCCUCAAAAUAUCCUGAAAAUAAGCUGCAAGACCGAGGGGAAACAAGCAAGUGGUGUUAGCGAUUCAAGCAUCAUCUGCAAAACCAAGGAAAAGCAAAUUAACGUUGUUGAAUUUAAUGACCAAGGAGUCGGUAUCGCUGUUCACAACGCCAAAGUUCCUACAGACUGCGUUGCUUAUAAAAUUUAGUAUGGACGUGUGUGGAUGGCAAACAUUAAGAUUUAGUAAAUAACUGAUUGCUUUGAAUAGAUGGGAAUGGCUAAUUUCUUUGAAUUAAAGGUUGUAUUAAUUGUAUAUAAUUAUAGAUAAUGCCGCAGGUUUUUCUGCCUUUUAUUUAAAGUGUCUUAGGACAGAUUGUGUAGAUGUAACUGACAUUGUUGCUUUAAAAUUAUAAUAGUUGACUUUGAAUUGUGUAAAGAUAUGAUUUUGAACAAUAUUGGAAAUAAAUGUAUUACUGUAUGAGAUGUUGC